AUGGCACAACGAGAUGCUAGCCCAGACAGCUUCGCACAGGUCCAGGCCGGAAUUUUAGAGAGAGACAACGAGAAGGACGGUGGUGUAUUGUGUACAGGAUCUUCUUCAAGCACAGCGGCCACCUCAACCUCACGCACCUCCCCAACCCAGACAAAUCCUCAGACCGACGUCGAAGCCCUCCGCCACGAUGCCUCGUCCUUGAGCCGCGCUCACACGUCAAAGAGUCAGCAUUCGCAAACAGUUGGCGACGCCGCUCGUGGUGGCCUCGGUGUCUUCCGCAGCAGGUCUUCUCGCUCUCGCCCACUACCAGCGUUCGGCGCAGGAAAACCGUAUCCUCCUCCUCUCGGCAACCAAGAAGACUAUGUCGUCGAGUUCGAUGGCGAAGAUGAUCCGUUGCAUGCGCAGAACUGGGCGUUGGGGAAGAAGUUGUUUACUGCGCUUAUGUUGGGAUUUACGACAGUCACAGCAUCAUUCGCUAGUUCGAUCUUCAGUACCGCGACGAGAGCUAUCGAGCUACAGUUCAACGUCGGCUAUGUGGUCGCUACACUGGGUACAUCGUUGUACAUCCUAGGAUUCGCCACGGGACCCGUUCUCUGGGCACCUUUCUCAGAGCUCAAGGGAAGGAGAUUGCCGCUUGUGGUGGCAUCGUUUGGCUUCUCGGUCUUCAACAUUGCGUGUGCGACGGCCAAGGAUCUGCAGACUAUCUUGAUCUGUCGAUUUUUCGCGGGGUUCUUUGGCGCGUGUCCGAUUACCAUCGUUGCCGCAGUCUUCGCCGACAUGUUCGCCAACAGGACGCGUGGAAUAGCGAUCUGCUUGUUCAGUGUAAUGGUCUUUACAGGUCCUUUCCUCGCUCCUUUCAUCGGCGGCUUCAUCGUCAUGUCGAAUUCGUGGCGAUGGACUCAGUACCUUGUCUCCUUCAUGGGUUUCGCCUCCUUCACCCUCAUGCUCCUCUUCCUCGACGAAUCCUACCCACCCAUCAUCCUCGUCGCAAAAGCCGCCGAACUGCGCCGCCGCACAAAGAACUGGGGCAUCCACGCCAAGCAAGAAGAGAUAGAAGUCGACUUCCGCCAACUUAUCGAGAAGAACUUUUCGAGGCCCCUGAGGAUGCUGGUUACGGAGCGCAUUGUGCUGCUGCUCAGUAUAUACAUCGCCUUCAUCUACGGAUUGCUAUACCUCUUCCUCACGGCAUAUCCGAUCGUAUUCCAGGGCGUCCAUGGCAUGAACCCCGGUGUUGGUGGUCUUCCGUUCUUCGGAAUGAUCAUUGGGGAGUUGUUUGCCGGAGUGUUUAUCUUUGCGAGACAGCCGGGAUACCAGAAGAAGCUUGCUGCGAACAACAAUGUUCCUAUCCCGGAGUGGCGGUUACCCGAGGUUAUCGUGGGUGGUGUCGCUUUCGCGGGAGGCUUGUUCUGGUUCGGAUGGACUGGGUAUCGCGCGGAUAUCCAUUGGAUCGUGCCUACGUGCUCUGGAUUGCUCAUCGGAUUUGGCAUCAUGAGUAUCUUUCUGCAGUCGUUCAACUAUAUCAUCGACGCCUAUCUCAUGUUUGCCGCUUCGGCGAUUGCAGCGAACACGUUCCUUCGUAGCAUAUGGGGAGCAGCGUUUCCUCUCUUCGCGAAAGAGAUGUUCGAGGGUAUGGGCGUUGAAUGGGCUUCGACUCUACUUGGAUGUUUCGCUGCUGCGAUGAUACCUGUGCCAGUUUGGUUUUACCUCCAAGGUGCGAAGAUCAGAGGUAAGAGCGCGUAUGCGCCGACGAGUAAGCCGGCGUCCGCGCCUUCGGAGGAGUGA